UGUGUUUCACAAGCGACCUGUUCACAUGUCACACUUGCAAGUCACAGCAGAGGGUGUCGGUGCUUUGUGGUGAGGGGUUUGCCUUUCGCUGGUGAAGUUAGCAGCAGCCAGGAGAGCGAAAGGGGAGGGGAGAAGAGGGCAGGGGAGGGGUUACGAGCCCAGUCCCGCGGAACAUCCUGCGACCACAUCUGAGAGAGUCGGAACGAAGCUCGGCACGGUCCCCUCACCGCCACCUCCUCUUUCUGCGCGCCGAUCGUCGCUUUCGUGCCCAGGAGCACGCGCGGGCCGAUUGUCCUGGUGACCCGCUCUGCGAGUCGCGGGCUCUCCUGGACUUAUGUUUUUAUCUCUGGACGCGCGGUGGUGGGACAUCCGGAAUGGGGAAUCCGUAGGAGAAGACUACGCUGGCUGGUUUUACUGUUUGCGAUAAAAAAACAAGAGAACGCAGGCGCGUAGACGCGCUGGCCCGCAUAACCUACGCACGAGAUGGACUUCAAGAAGACAAAAUUUGGCAAGUUCAUGAACUGCAGGGUGCCAGCCAGCAAGAGAUACCAGCCCACUGAAUAUGAACACGUUGCAAACUGUGCCACACAUGGGUUGUGGAUUCUUCCCAGUAUGGUCGGUGGGUCCGUCCUCUACUUUCUGUCCGUGGAUCGAUGGCAUCGUGUCGCUGCCUGGCUCUAUGGGAGCGGCCUCACCGGCUUAUUCAUCACCUCAACUCUUUUCCAUACUGCUGCCUGGAAAAUCAGCCACCUCAGGAAGGUGGAGCAGCGCUUCCACAUGUGUGACAGAAUGGCCAUCUACUUCUUCAUCGCGGCCUCCUACUCUCCAUGGUUGAUGCUGAGGGAGCUGGGACCCUGGACGUGCCACAUGCGCUGGCUCAUCUGGGUCAUGGCGUGCAUAGGCUCGGCGUAUGUCUUCUUUUUCCAUGAGAGGUACAAGCUGGUUGAGUUGCUGGGAUAUGUGGCCAUGGGGGCUGUUCCUGCUUUGGUCAUUCUCUCUAUGGUGGAGCGCACAGGUGUGUGUGAACUGGCCGUGGGAGGUGUCUUCUAUGGAGUAGGCGUGGUCUUCUUUAAGAGCGAUGGCCUCGUGCCAUUCGCCCAUGCGAUCUGGCAUCUGUUUGUGGCGGUUGGAGCAGGCAUUCAUUACUACGCCAUCUGGAGGUACCUGUAUUUACCGGGGACACAGCUGCAGACGUCGAGGUGACCGGCUGCCGACUGACGUUAUGCGUUUCCAUGCUGACAGGCUGAAUGACUAAAGUGCAUUUCAUGUAGUCAGGACGUUAGUGUUUUGACUACGGUAAGCUUCACUUACGAAGCUGUGACACCUGGGACCAAUUUUUGUACUGUGUGCUGACUAUAUAACAUCUAGCCUGACUACACCAAAUUGACGCUAAUUUAUAAUGUAUAAUUCUGCUGUUUUAGACAUAAUUAGCGACACUGACACUGGUUUGUGUGCCAUGUUGACUGUGUAGUGUUUCAGACGAGAUCCAAGUGCCAGGCCUGUAUUAUAAAAUCUUCAUUCCUGCUUAUCUCUGUCGGUUAAAGGAAAAGUUUCACAUUUUGGGAAAUGUGUUUAUUUUCUUGCAGAGGUAGAUGAGAAGAUUGAUAACAAUCUAUAAUGUUUGUGGUAACCACGAUACUGUACACAGACAUGGUCAGAUCUACAGAUUCUACAUCGCGCCAUCACAGAGACAUUUGAUCACGUCAACGAUCUGACCCUUCAAAGAGCCCUGAUCCCAGACAGACAUCAUGGAAUCAGUUUGGGAUCACAUGAACAGAAGCAACAGCUUCAGGUUAUAUUUCACCAUGUUUCAAACAUCCUCAGUGACAGGCAUCCUGAAAAACACUGUUCAAGUGCAAUGAAGGAGAACGGGUGCAAAUUCAGACCUGAAAAUAAUGCUCAGUGUUUUGUUACGGCUUGCUGUUGAGCGUUGAGGUUGGACAGUGGUGUGCACUGGUGCAUCACAGCCUGCUUUUGCCUGGUGGGUGUUGGAGGUGUUGCCCCAUUACUUGUACACCCCGCCAAAUUAUUUAAAGCAUUUCAUUCCUACUGUAAAAAAUAGAGAUCAUCUUUUGAUGGGCUCUUACCAGCAAAUCAGCAAACGCUCAGGAGUUAGGACUUCAUUGCUACACAAGCACUCACAGUACACUUAACUCUGAACCCCUGCACACCACUCAGGUUUCUUGACUGUAUCAUUGCUGCUGAUGCUGUCGCACUGACAGACAUUUACUUCCUAAACUACACUGUUAAAAAAAAAAAGAAAAGAAACACUUUUUAAUCAGAUUAUAGCACCAAGUCAAUUAAACCUCUGGGGUAUUGAUCUGGUCUCUAGCAGAAGGCGUUUUCAGUCAGUUUCAACUGCUUUGGUGUUGAUGAAAAAAACAACAGGUGCAUUAGAGGGGCAACAAUGAGACCCCCACCAAAACAGGAAUGGUUUUACAGGUGGAGGCCAUUUUUCCCUCCCCAUCUUGUUUGAUUCUUUUGUGUUUGGCUAGGCUCAGUGUCAGACAGUCAUGCUGGAUAUCUAUGCUGAUAUGAACUCGGUAAUGUGUUAACCCAUCAGCUGGAUCGGUAUCUGCUUCUUUGUGUAAGGAGGAACAUAAUGAGCACUGCCAGAGCCACAAAAUGACCCCCAGGAGGCCACCAAACAAUUAGAAACAGACUUCAUGAGGGUGGCCUGAUGGGUUGAUGUCCUCUAGUGGGCCCUGCGCUCACUGCCCGGAAACAUAGAGCCUGAUUAGUAUUUGCCAUAGAAUACCAGAAUUGUCAGGUCCACCACUGACACCCCGUGCCUUUCUCAGAUGAGCACAGGUUCACCCAUGUGACAGAGAUGAAAAGUCCUGAAGCAGCAGAGGAAAACAUUAUACUCCCAGUUCAGCAUGACCGGUUUGGUGGUAGAGCAGAGAAAGUCUGGGGAGGGAUUUCCAUGGAGGGACACACAGACCUCUACAGGCAAUGUUGGUGUUGGGAUGAAACCUUUGGAUCCCACAGACCCUAGGAUGGUGCAGUGGGUACUGGCUUCCUCCUGCUGCAUGACAAUGCCUGCAGGCAUUUCCUGGAAGAAGAAAGAAUUGAUACUACUGACUGGUCCCAAUGCUCACCUGACCUAAAUCCAACAGAACACCUCUGGGACAUCGUUUUUCAGUCCAUCCGACGCCAUCAGGCUGCACCUCAGACUGUUCAGGAGCUCAAUGAUGCCCUGGUCCAGAUAAAGAUUUCAGGGUAUCUUUGAAUUCAGCCCUCUGUAGGUUGAUCAUUUUAAUUUCCUUCAAACGAUGUGUCAUCUUUUGGUUCCUCAUUACCCGGCCCAUAUCAGCGUAGAUAUCAACCGUGGUGUUCUUUCCCACUGAGAUAUUUUGUGGCUUUUAAAGUGUUCCUUUCAACACCAGCUGCUCAACUGUUGGUCACGACUAUUCUGGGCAUUAUUUUACAAGCAUGAGGUUACUGGAAAAUCAAUAAAGAAACCAGAGUAUCACUGUUUUUAUGCCAGAAUAGUAAAACUGUAAGAGUCUUAUCGAUCUUCUCAUCUUUACAAGAAUAUAUAUGCACUUUCCCAAAAUGAUGAAGCAUUCCUUACAGGCAUAUCUGUUACUGAGCAUUCCUAAGCUGUUAAACUCCCUACUUUCAGUAAUCCAACCACAAUUAAUGUGCCAAAACUCACUACACAGGAAUCCCUUUCUGCUGUUGGUGCUACAAACUUGCUCAGUGGUAAAAUAUGACAGUCAGGAAGUCGACCAACAAAGCUGUCAUUGAUAGGCUUUCAAUAUGGAUUUGGCUGUAAAAGCUGUUACAGAUUUUACCACCUUAUGUGACCCCUUGAGAGGAUCUGCAUUUGACUUCAGUUCAUUUUCACAGUACAUGCACAGCCCCUGGUUUCGUAAUUAAACAUACUCAUCUUUGGCCGACUGAGACCGAAUUAAGCAAUCUGCAGACAGACUUUAAGGUCACAUAUGUCUGUGUCACACACUGGAGCCAGACUGUAAAUGAUCAACCUGAUGAUAACAGACGAGAGUAGAACCAGCUACUCGUGUGUGGCUGUGACUCAGUUUUGUUCAAAUUGAAUUUUCCUAAAACUGUAAUUUGAUUUAAAAGACAAAGAAGUCCGUCUCAUUAUGAAAAUGUCAAGGUCUAACGCAUUUCGUAUCCUGUUCGGGGGACUUUAAAUGCCAGUUGUUUUGUCUAAAUGCUGCGCUCUUUACUUCUGAGCACUUUUCUAUCAACAGUGAUGUGUAAUGUAGAAUUUGCUACAGUCCUCUGACUAUGACAGAAUCAACGUAGAUCGUAAAUGCAAAUUUCUAUUUCCACAUUUCAAGAUUUUCUUAACUUCUAGUACUUCAUUACUUCUGUUUUAAUUCUUGAAAACAGAGCACUUACUCAGGAAAUGAGCAAUUUUUUUAUCUUUUUUUUUAAUCAGAUGAUCUAUUUUGUAAAAUGAUAUUUCUGUCAAAUCACUGUAAUAAAGAAGAAACAUAUUACACUGCAA